UUCUCUUCCUUUCAUUUCUUUUCCUUAAACCAAACACAGGAAAAUAAAAUCUAUUUCCUUUCCCUUUUUUUCCUUUCUUUUCCCUUCUUUUCUUUUCUCUUCCUUUCCUUUACUAAUAAUGAACCAAAUAGAGCCUAAUAAAUCAGCACAAAACCGCUAAUUGAGUAAGCGAUUUUAACGUACAAACCGCUAACUCAAUUAGCGGUUUAUAUACUGAACCGCUAUUUAAGUUAGCGGUCUAUAGUCUUAUAUCCCUGCUUUCAUGAACUAUGGGAUAUUUACAAUAAUAAAAAACAGAGGAACUUCGUAUUGUAGCCCCUUCGCUGCUUCUCAUCCACCAGCCACCACCUUUUCCACCUACCUCCGCCCAUCCCAAGCCACCACCUACAGCCGCCCAUUGCCUCCGAGAGAAGCCCCUCAUUUCCCCUGACCCGCAGCUUCUCAGGCGGCUGAUAAAUUGAGCCUAUAAUGUUGUGAAAUUGAAAAUUGAAUUGGGGGUUUGAUAAAACAUCAGGUGUGUAUUAAUUAUGCUUCUAAACUUACAAAUAUCACAUCCUUGCUCAUUGAAUUGGGAGCAGUGGAAAGUUAAAUGCAACCUUUGGUUGAAGAGGAAGACACUACAAAAGUGGAAAGUGAUGACUGACUGGUAUGUUCUGAAAAUACAAAAAUGAAGUAGCAAAUUUUGUUGUAAACCGCCAACUGAAUUGGCGGUUUUGUUGUCCAUUAUACCGCCAACUCAGUCGGCGGUUUUGCAUAAGACCAGAAAGAAAAAUUAAUAUUUAUUAUCUAUUGUCGACGUGGACAGUAGAUUGGGAAAUAUUUAAGAAAGGAGCAUAUUUUGGUAAUUUCUACAUCUUUAAGUAUUUUAGUGGGAAAUCGCUCAGCUUUAACCUAACGUUGAAAUUGAUGCACGAAGCCAUGAAUAAUAAAUGAAGUAUUCUUCCUUCUAAACAUAUUGGAUUCUGAAUUAAGGGGUAUUUUAUGUUCAAGUUCUAAUAUUUAAGUAAUUUCAAAGUUGCAUGACUUUAUUUGUGUUAACAAAUAACUGGAGUACAAAUGAGUCUACUCAUAAUUUGUAUUUUCUUUUUCAAUUGUCUAUAUUUGUUUCGGGUUAUUUUCAAAAAAUUGAUUGAAAUAUUAGAAGCGAUAAAUGGCGGUCAAUAUUUAAAUACAACUACUUAUGAUGUAGUACUCCCUCCGUCUCUUUUUGUUUUUUACGUUUGAUGUUUUUCACGCGAUUUAACGACUAUUUAAUGUGCAUUGAGAUUCAUCUACUUUUUUUAUUUAAACAAGAAAAAUUACGUUUAUUUAUAAUGUUUUCACUUUUAUAAAAAAUCUUACAUUGCGAAAAUGAGAAAUAUUUAAUGUCCAAUGGAUUUAAUUGGUUAAAAUAAUAUUUGGGCACAAAUUUUGAUAGAAUAUUAAUGCUUUAUGUGAUAAUAUAAAAGGAAAUGUAAAUAACAAAAUGAAACACCUAAAAUGGAAUACGUAAAAAACAAAAAGAGACGGAUGGAGUAGUAUACUAAAAGUAGCAUGUCACGCUUAAAUUGGGUGUAAAGAAUUAUGGGGGUAAUAAAAGUCAAACCACCGUAAUAAAAGGACAAUGAAGGUGAAUUGAGGUGGUUGCAAGAGGUGGUGUGGUGGUAUUGUGAUGAGAAGCUGUGGUAAUGGUGGUGUUGUGAGGAGAAAGGAGGAAGGGGAAAGUAAUUAAUGACCCCUAAAUGAGGGUAAUAAUCACCCUAGUGGGAUGGUGGGUAUUCCGGUGUUGAAGUGGAUGGAACAAUGGGCUUCGAAUGAAGGCCCUUUCGUGUGUGUUGAAGAUCUUGUUAGCUCGAAUGUGUCGUGUCCAAGUUAACCUGCACAAUGAACAAGUUACUAGCCUGCACUAUAUCACACGGGAUGUCAUCCUCGUUGCUGCUGGUCUCAGUAGGAUAUAUGACAGGGAUCAAGGCGAGAAAGCUGUUGACCCUGCGGUGCUCGGCUACCAGCUCAACGGCGAAGGGGUUCUCGUUCGCUGCCCUCCCUACGAUUUCAAAGCGCAGAAUCCUCGGCAGCCGAAGCUCGAGGAUCACAAGUUCUCGGAUCACGCUCUUGUACAUCUGGAAGACGUUCGAGCCGACCCUUGGGAUUCUCAGAACCCUGGAGAGGAUGUUCCGAGGCGGACAGUGCUUCCUGAAUUGGUAACUACCUCUGAUCCGGUAACGCUGAUUAGUUCGUUCAUUUUGUUUAGACUUCGGCUCUGUGGACUCUUGUGGUCUCGAUUUUGACCCUGUCUUCGGUGUCUGUUUUUCUUAGGGACCAGAGGUAACAACCGCUGUGUUAGAAUCCAACCUUCCUUGCAUUGUACUUUUCUUAAUUUCCCUUGUAUUGAUCUUAUCUAAACUUUCUAGGACUUUUCUUUGAAGUUUCUAGGCUUUAGAUAAGAUUAUUAUGUUACUGUCAUUCCAGUGUUCACUGGGUUCUUUUAGCUAAUUCAAAAUAAACCUCUAUGAGGGGUAUGACUCAAUACCUCUCACCAGAAGUUGCCUUUGCUUAAUCACUUGCGUUGUUGUGUGCCUUUAUUGAUAUUGUGCUGUCGCUCGUUUUUAAGCUUUCUUGCCUCAACAA